UCAAAUCAAAACUCAAAACAAACGCGCGCAUUUUACGGGCAAAGUGGGCUCUAAGAAAAUUGAUAAAAAAAUUGCAGAAAAACUUGCAAAUUGAGUGAUCUCCCAGUGCAAAAAGAUGCCUCGUCGUCCAAAUAUACAAAACGCAAACAUACAUGAAGUUCUUGAUACUGAACAGCUACAGAAUUUCAGUAGUUCAGAGACAUCUACAUCGGUAGGAGGAAGCAUCCAGCAGACACCACCAAGACAAUCUCCCCGGAAUGCGGCUCGAUCUCCCCAAGCACAGAGUUCAGUAGCCUCAGCAACGAGGGCAUCCACCCGGCAUCCUCCACCACGAACAGUUCAAUCACCACGGAGGAAUCAAAGUGCUGCGCAAAAUUCAAACGCAACGGGUAGUAAUCGCAGGAAACCAGCGCAACCCAAGAAGCAUUACUACACAAAAAUUAUUCGAGAGAUUAAGCACUACCAGAAGACCACGAAUCUACUGAUACCACGAGCCCCCUUUAGCCGAACCGUGCGUGAGGUGUUGCAGCAACAAGGGGACUACAGGAUGACGCCAGAAGCAUUUAAUGCUCUCCAAGAAUCAGCGGAAACUUACCUUGUGCAUCUAUUGGAAGAUGCUAACCGCUGUACCCUCUUCAGGGGGCGUGUUACCCUGCUUCCUAAGGACAUCCAGCUUGUGCAGUAUAUCAGAAAUGGAAUUCCACUUUCAACUUGAUUUUAUAAGUGUUUAGAGACGAGAUUUUCAUAAUUUCAUGAAAAAUGAUAAAUAAAAUAAUGAAUUAAACUUAAUUGUAAGGAAAAGCUUAAAACAAUACUUUAAAUUACACAUUUUUCCUUA